AUGAAGGUAGCCGUUAUUCUGCUUUGUGCCUUUGCGGCAGUUCAGGGACGCAGUGUCCAGCCUUUCGAAGAAGUGAGUUUAGUCCCAUGGCUCGUCCACCUCCGCACAGCGAAGGCGGCUGACGGCGGUCUCUUGGGCUCUUGUGUUGGAAGCGUGUACAAUGAGCGCUGGAUUAUCUCAUCUGCCAGCUGCUUGAGGGACUCCCGCUUCAUCUGGAUCCGUUUCAACGCUCCCAACGUGUACCAACCCGAGCUGGUGAUCGAGUCCAACAGAGUACACCUGCACCCCGAAUAUAACGCUGAGACCGGUGAAAAUGACAUCGGGCUUUUGGAUCUCAACAGGGAUGUGGUGUUCUCAGAGACCAUCCAGGCCAUCAGUGUUGCCGCCAUCGACGCUGAGGCGCCUACAUCUGGAAAGGUCUGCGGGUAUGGUGAACUAGAAAACGGCAAUGCUGGUGAACAGCUGCAGUGCAUCGACGUUCAGCUCGAGGAAUCUGGUGACCUUCUCAUCGGAACUGCUGAGAACAAAGCCAGCCGGUACGACCUUGGAGCAGCUCUUGUUGCUGACGACCAAUUGUUUGGAGUACUCGUUAGCCCCGGUAACGAGGAAAAUGAUGGAGCCUUCCUGAAGGUCACUGGAUACGCAGACUGGAUCGCUUCAGUCAUCAGCCCCGAGGAGAGCCCUGAGGAAGUUCAAGUAGCUGACCCAGUGGAAGUAGCUGAUAUUAUCCAGGUAGCUGAUGCUAUCGAGGUAGCUGAUCCAGUGGAAGUAGUUGACGUUAUCAUUAUGCCUGAGCCAGUGCAAAUAGCUGAUAAUAUAGUGUUUUAUUAAAUGUUUGAUGAUGAAAUAAAGUGUUUGGUU